AUGGCACGGGGAAACAGAAUGUUCAUGUCUCAAUUUAAUGCCCUUGGCAUCGCGAAUGCGACCAGCAAUAUUGCGUUCGACCGGGCAGUUAUUGGGCUUCCGCUGCACAAGAUAGCCGGUCUUUCUUGUAACAGUCGUCAGCAUCCUCCGACUCAGAGUCGUGAUCACCUACGCAACAAGCACAAGCGCUACAUGUACAUCCCCCCUUCUCCAACAGCAAAGUUCAUCUUAACUAACAUCUACCCCGCAGACGGCACAGUUCCCACCUCCUACUGGUCCAUAAUCGAACGCUUCAGCGGCAUAGUCUGCAUCAACCUACCUUCCACGCGUCGUCUCUACCGCAAAGUCACUCACCUCUGUUUCGGUACCCCUCAGACGGGGCAGGAGGAGGGCUAUCAGAACGUCACGCCGGGCUACUCAUCUGCGUCUAAGAAAAGGAAGCUGCCGAUGGAACUCUUGAUUUUGAAAACGGCUGAGACUGCGGUCCGGCGCGAGUAG